GCCGAGAGGCGUGGCUUGUGUGACGCAGCAGGAAGACUUCCAUGCGUGUUUUGGGGUUUUAAAUUCCAUAGUUUUCAAUUGAAAAGUAACGUCCAGUGUCGUCAUCUUGACAAGGUUAAGUAAGUCGAGUUUGUAUUAGCCUGUACAUUAAUAAUGAUGCAAUUGCUCUGCCAUUCAAAGCAUAACGCCUGCUCCUAGAAGGCUAAAAACAACGGACUGCUACGUAUCCACACGUGGGUUUGGACCGAAAAACACACCGAGAUCAAGGUGUCUGCCAAGUCUACUCACUCAUAACAACAAUAACAGAAGAAGCGAUGUCUUCUAACGACCAGCUGUCCCUUAACAUCCACACCGAGACCUUCCCCGACGUCGCCCCCAGGAGGAAGCCUCUCUCCGGCCAGGAGAAAUGGCUGUUGAAAAAACAGAAGGCAGGGAAGAGGAAGGCCGGGCCGGAGAUGAGGUCGAUGCCAUCCUUCAAACAGAGGAAGACGGAGGAGGAAGAGGCGCCCAUCAUCUCAAAGCAGGAUCAGGCCCCGCCCUCCAAAACCUCACCCACCGUGACCACACCCCAAGAGGCCCCACCCACAAAGACCAAGAAGAAGAAGAAACGGGAAGGUGGAGGACAAGGGAGGGGGGAGCAGAAAAACCGGGGCGCCGGGGAGAAGGCGGGGCACGAAGGAGGCUUCAUCAAGACGUCCUCCUUGUUCAACCACAACCCCGACAUCCCAGACCUCGAAAGACCGGUGGUUUCCGAGGUGAAGGAGAAGGUUUUCACCACUGACUCUUUCAGCAACCUAGGCCUCCACCCCCACCUGGUGGCGACGCUGGAAAAGGUUCUUGGCGUUUCCACCAUGACCAGUGUUCAGAAACAGACUAUCCCCGCGCUGAUGUCGGGACGGGACGCUGUGGUCCGCUCUCAGACUGGAUCUGGUAAAACCCUGUCUUAUGGCAUCCCCAUCGUCCAGUCUCUCCAGGCGGUUCUGCCCAAGAUUCAGAGGGCCGAUGGGCCAUUGGCGCUGAUACUAGUUCCCACAAGAGAGUUGGCGCAACAGAGUUUCCAGAUCUUCCAGAAACUCGUUAAGCCGUUUACCUGGAUUGUCCCCGGGGUUCUGAUGGGUGGAGAGAAGAGGAAAGCAGAGAAAGCUCGGCUCCGGAAGGGGAUUAACAUCCUGGUGUCGACCCCGGGCCGCCUGGUGGACCACAUCAACAACACCCUGAACAUGGUGUUCAGCUCCGUGCAAUGGCUGGUCCUGGACGAGGCUGACAGGAUUCUGGACAUGGGUUUUGAGAAGGAUCUGACUGUGAUCCUGAAUUCUUUGAACUCCAACGGACCUUCGAGACAAAAUGUUUUGCUUUCUGCUACGCUAACGAAUGACCUUGCUCGGCUAUCUGAUGUAUGUCUCAAAGACCCGGUCAGCGUCCAGGUCUCAGACCCCAACGCCUCUGAGGUAACCCCCUCCACCGGCAGCUCAACCCAACCCGGCAGCCAAUCGGAGAGCUUCUCUGUGCCAGAGGCCUUGAAGCAGCAUAUGGUGCUGGUUCCCAGUAAGCUACGACUGGUUUGUUUGGCCUCCUUCAUCAUGGAAAAGUGUCGAUUCUCCGAGGGGAACAAGAUGAUCGUCUUCAUGGCGAGCUGUGAAGCCGUGGAGUUCCUCCUCAGCCUCUUCAAAUCCGUCCUCUGUGGGUCCUCAGCCAAACACCAGCCUCUGAAAUUCCUGCGACUCCAUGGAAAUAUGAAACAAGAGGAGCGGACAGAGGUGUACGAGGAGUUUUCUGUCUCAAAGUCCGGAGUCCUUCUCUGUACGGACGUUGCUGCUCGAGGGUUGGACCUUCCGCAGGUCACCUGGAUUGUUCAGUACAACCCGCCCAUCUCGGCCGCAGAGUACGUCCAUCGGGUCGGCCGUACGGCUCGGAUCGGGGCCGAAGGAAACAGCCUCCUCUUCCUCACGCCAGCGGAAACCGCCUACAUCGACGAGCUAGCCAAUCACAACAUCAGCCUGUCUGAGAUGAAGCUGUACGACAUCCUGUCCACGCUGAUGCAGGACGACGCCUACAAAGGUCGGGGGAAGUACCACAGCAAGUCGUCCUCUAGUGCCCUGCAGCAGGAGGUGAGGGAGAGAGCAACUGUUCUGCAGACUGAGUUUGAAAACGCUGUCCACGCCAACCAAGAGACUUUGCAGGGUGCCAAGAAAGCCCUGCAGUCGUUCCUGCGCUCCUACACGGCGUACCCCACCGCCCUCAAGCACAUCUUCCACAUCCGAUCGCUGCACCUGGGCCAUGCCGCCAAGAGCUUCGGCCUGCGGGACGCACCCCAGAGCCUCAGCUCCCACACGGGCUCCGGGGCCCGCCGAGGCAGCAGCAGCAGCAAGCACAACAGGACUGCAGACAAAGCUGAGAUGAAGUUGAAGUUGAAGAGGAGAGAAGCGUCUCUGCUGACCUCUGAGUUCUCCUCGGGGUUGGACGGGAUCGACCUUCAGAACACGGAGAAGAAACCCAAAGACAGCGUUCCGUUCUUGUCAGGUCGGGGGAGAGGGGGAGGAGCGGGAGGAAGAGGUCGAGGGGGGAGGGGAGGGGGAUGGAGAGGGGAAAGGGGGAACUUCAGGAAGGGGAGCAGGGAGGGCCAGUGAAAGAUAGAGUAGUGGGAGUGACCAGCUGGUCCAGUGGACCUCGUCUUUAAACCGAAAGACAUAUUUCAGGAAUUGUAAAAUAUGACAUUUGUUGAAAAAAAUAAACUUUUUACCUGAUGUGAUGGAUACUUCCUGUUGCAUUUUAAAAUGUUUAUAGGCCUAUAUAAUACUACAUUUGAACUGAAUUGCCUCAUUCUUGACUAGUUGAUAACAGAAAAUGACGACUACCAACAUGGGCGCCAAUCACGGGGGAAGGACAUGUCCAAUAUAAAUUAUUUUCUAAACUUCUGUAAUUUAAAAUGUAUAUUUCAUAGAAGUCGACUCCACUUUUGAAAUGAUUGUCAUAAAAGCACGACACCUCUUAGAGGAUUUGUUUAUGUACCCCUAAGUAUCCUGCUCAGUGGUCUGAACCGUUGCAUAUAUGAUUGCCACGUUAUGCGUCUUCUAAGCCUAUUUUCAGAGAAUGAAUUGGGCUGCAUUUGUGGAUGUGUGGCUCCGUCAAAUGCGUAUAGUGAAGGCCUUAAAGUGAUUCAUUAAUAUUUUAAGCUAUUACUAAUGGCCGUGUCUCUGUUAUAGCAGAUCAUUUGGUAUACGUUGGUGAUUUUAUUGAUGUCCCCUCCAGAAAAUACUCCUCUCCCCCCACCUAAUGUGUAAUGAGAGUUGUACCCUUGACAAAAAAAAAAUACAUGGUUUGAGAUUA